AUGGUUCCCAAACCCUCGUGGCUCAAGUCGAAUAAGUCGCACACGUCUGUGGACAAUACGUCUGGGCAACCUUCACCUGUGCCCUCUGUGAACAACGAGUUCCAGAAUCCCAACGGGCAGCAACAGGCGCAGCUAGGCCAGCAGCCCCAUUUGCCGCAACCUCCACUUGGUGUUGCUCAGCAGCAGCAGCAGCAGCAAUACAGGCCGCAGCAGCAACAACAACAACAACAACAACAACAGCAGCAGUAUCCCCAGCGAACGACGAGUACAAGUCACAGCCACCGCCUAAGCUCCCAGGACCAGCUGCAGGGCUACCAGCAGCAGCCUGCCCCCCCUGACGCCGCAUCUGGCUUCGAUCAGCCUCGACCUGGCUCACAACCGUUGCCUGCACCUGUAUACGCACACGAACAACCCAAGAAAUCGCGACUCAGCCGCAUUGCCGCCGGAUUGACAGGGCACAAGGAGGAGGACCACUCGAAGCAGGCAAACAAGAGCGCAAUUGGACGACGCCAGUCGACCAGAGGGAGAGAGAAUCGACCGCAGGAGUACCACGCGCAAGACGCACCUAGUCUGAACACGCCGCCGCAGCAGUACCACCAGCGGCACGGUUCCCAGCAACAUCUGCCCACCUCGAUCGAGCAAGACGAGGGCAGCCCAGGUCUUGACCCUUUCCUACAGCAAGACCCCAAUACGCCUCAGGUGCCGCCCAAGGAUCAUCAAUAUCAACAGCAUUCGCAGCAGUUUGUUCCAAACUCUCUCCAGGAUCAAUACAAUCGGACCCCAGUAAGCACCGAAGGUAGCUAUCAGAAGCAGGGCGGGGUAGACCACUACAGCCCCGAUCAACACCAGGGUGCGCAACAACCACAACACCAGGCGAAUCAGCAACAGUAUCAAAACUACCCUCCGGGUGUCCAACACCCCAAAAGCUCAGACGGAUAUCAGACAUUCGCUCCACAGACGGCACCGAGCCCUCGUCCUGGAGACGCUCAGCUGCAUGGUCAGGAUCCUGCACAGCAACAGCGCAACUUCUAUCAAUACCAGCAGCAGCAAGCUUCCCAGCAAGCUCAAGGGCAAUCGCCGCAGGACGGCCACUCCCAGAGCGCACAGCUCCAACAGCAACAGUUUGUGCCUCCAUCUCAGCCCCAGUUGCCGCAAACCCAAGACUUCCGCCAACAGCAGGUACACCCUGUGCGGACUGCAUCUCUACACCAACCUGAACUACAACACCCUCAGGCGACUCGUGGGGUACCACAAAUUGUGCAGCAAAGUCAGCCUGUCGACGCGCAGCAACUGCAACAGCUGCGCCCACCUUCUCAACAACAGCCCGCUCCACCUUCACCUUUGCAGCACCAGACCUAUCAGACAUACGAUCAACAGCAGAACCAGCAGUCUCAGGUUUCAGAUUCGCCAACGUCGAAGGUAUCAGCUCACAAUCAAAGUCAGGACAACAUGGCGCCAAGCAGUCAGAGCAACGGCAGGUUGCGCAAAGUGACUGACGGGGGUCAGCAGCCGUCUGCGACUUCGUCUCGAGACUCGUCACUUUUACAACAACCCACGUCGCAAGGUCAGCCACAAGGACAGCCACCUGUGUCGCCAGGCAUCGCAUCAUUCGGAGCUAAUGUUGUACCCACAGCUUCGCAAGGGCAACCGUAUCGAGGCGACAAGCAAAGUGGAGAGACAGAGCGUGCAACACCUCCACCUCGGUCGGCUACCAGCGAUAUGACUGUCGAGGAAAUCGAAAAGAUGAUGAAGGAGCACGAAGUUUUGCGCGAAAAAUACCAGAAAGUGAAACGAUAUUUCUUCGAGCAGCAGACACAAGUGCACCAACUGCAAAAUACCCUUGCAAAUCAACGUCUAUCCCUCUCACGUACAUCCUGGGACGACAGUGAAUACGGCACUCGCUUCAACAGGCUUGAUGGGCUUAUUGCCCAGCUAUCCUUCUCUAUCCGAAAAGACUGGAAAUCGAUCCCGCCUUGGCUGCAUCCAGUGGUCAACAAGACUGCAGUAGAGAUCGGCAAGCAAGAGAUGACUGCUGUGGGCCGAGCGUUUAUUUCGCACUGGCUAGUAGAGAACAUCUUUGAGAAAUACUUCCAUCCAGACCUAGAACCCGGUUUCUCAACUCAGCUGCAGAUGAUCCAGCUCAACAUCCGCAAAUUCGCGCCCUUGUGCCAUUCCACUGAGGACGAAGACUCGCUUGCUGCAAAGGUCAUCAACUGGCGAUUGGCGACGCUUGAAGGCCUUUCAGAUCUGCUGAGAGCGCCCCAAGCCGAAUUAAAUCGCCAGAAAUUGACGGAAACAUUGAACGAGAAACUCAUCGCAUCACUGCAAAUGUUCCUGAACGACCCUGCACCACCAGAUCUUGCUGGUGGCGUACCUAUGAUUGUCGAGUUGGCUGUGAGCAUUGCUCAGCAUUUGCCAUUGGAAAGUCGAGAGGUUCAUAUCGAGUAUUUUCCACCGGGUCAUGGCAUCGUGUCGGAGUUCAUGAAGGUGGAGUCCGGUAUCCCACCAUUGACAAGCCCAAUCGUUGAACUAGAUGAGGCUGACAGAGUCUCUUUGAAGAGCGUUGCUUCUAAGCUAGACGACAAUGCACCUGCGGGCGACCAAGAUGUGCAGGGACAGCAAGGGUCUCAGGCUCCCAAGGAAGAUAAGAAGCGGGGCUUUUUUGGCGGACUAGGUGCGUCGAAGAAGCCCACGACUGCAUCAGCAUCGCUCGGCAAGCGCGAGUCGUUUCUAGGCCAAGGUGGCAGCCAACAGAGCCUCACAGCACCACCUGGAAGCUCAAGUGGACCAAAAGACGACUUGGCUCCACCACGCGUACGCCUGGCUGUCGGCGUAGCAGUCCAGAUCAGAGGCAAGAGUGUCUUGAUGAAAGCGCCCGUUUACAGCACUUGA